GUUUGAGGCAUGUUUUGAUAAUCCAUAAGUAUUAUUUGUUCCCACAAGAAAGAUUCCUACAAUUAUGAAUGAUUCCGGUAUCAAAAGAUCAAGGCCGUGGAACAUAUAUACAAAUUCGGAUCCAAGUCAUUUUCUAGCAGUUGCAGCUGAUGAGGUAACUCCUUGGAAAAGCUUUGGAACAUCCAUGAAUGCAAUUUCUUUUGGCUUUGUUGCUACAGCCAUAUUGAUAUCGAUGUUCCUUAUAAUGGCCAUCUUCGAACAACUUUUUCAGCCUAAUCCCGCUUUCUCUUUGUCCGACCAAGUUACAAAUGGUGCUUUAGGAUCCGGAUCACUUCAGAAACUUGGGAAUCAAGAAAGGGUAUCGACAUCAUAUGCAUCAGAUUUCCCGGUAGUGAUGCCGGGAGAGCAAUAUCCGACCCACAUUGCACAACCUGCUCCUCUCCCUUGCCCGAGGGAAGGCAUCUAUUGGCCACCCCAUGAACAUAGUUUUCUAUUUCCACUUGUGUAAAAAUACACCAAGCAAAAAGCAUCAUGAAGGAUGU